UGAUUGAUGAUCAAUCUUUUGAUCUUGGAAGAGAAGCUGGAGAUUGUGGUGCAGAAAGACAUUCAAAGUAUAAAGCUGAUGAAGAUUAUAUUGUUGAUACAGUGGGAGUUAUUUGCGUUGAUGCUUUUGGGAAUGUAGCAUCAGGCGCAUCAAGUGGGGGAAUUGCUUUGAAGGUUGAUGGGCGCAUUGGUUUGGCAGCCAUGUAUGGUUCAGGUUGUUGGGCAUCAUCAAAAGAUCCAUUUGGAACACCAUUCAAUGUUGGUUGUUGUGCUACUGGUGCUGGGGAGUAUCUUAUGAGAGGUUUUGCUGCUCGUGAAUGCUGCUUAUCAACAUCAUUAUCCAAUGAUGGUCCAGCUUCUGCUUGUGUGAAAGUUCUUCAUUCUGUGAUUAAAGAAGGAAAUCAUUACUCCCAUGAUACAGGUGCCGGGGUUUUACUCGUGCAGGCAGAAACUCUGCAGGCUGCAGGAAGUCCACCUCUACUGAAUGCUGUAGAAAUGGUUGCAGCUUACACCUCUUCGUCUUUUGGCGUCGGCUAUUUUGGGAGCCAUAUGGAUCGUCCGAAGGUGUCAAUACUAAGGUCUACAGGACAAAAAAAUGGCGGUGAUAUAAACCAUUUUGCGACUCGAAUCGACCUUUGCUCGGCUUAAAUUUUUAUGUGAUGAUGCAAUUAUGGGUUUUGUUGUGCUGUUUUUCAUUAAAAUGUAUAUUUAAAGAAAAAAAAAAAAGGUAGCUGUGAAAUGAUGGUAAGUUUGCCUUCUCUUAGGUGCAUUUGAUUUGAUUAGAGUUUAGGAUUAUUUGCAGCAUACCUUUGAAGAUAUGUGAUUAUAAGUU